UGGUCUGCUGUGAGAACUCAUCGAACCAUUCUGGACUUGAUAGAUUUUUGGUUGAUGUCUGUGUACACCCAUGCAGUGCAUCCUGAUGAAGAACAGAAAUAUGAACCCCAGGUGAUACUAGUAGGAACGUUUGCAAAAGAGGGAGGUACGCGAAUUAGUGAAGAAAAGGUUGCCUCUAAAUUAAACGAUCUGAAGCAACGCAUUAAAUUGAGACCUUAUGAGAGGCAAAUAGUGUGGCCAAUCCAACUGUUCGACAACUGUUAUGCAGAAGUGAAGGAAGUGAAUGAUAUGCAACAUCAUAUAGAUGAAAUCAUCUCUAAAUCGGACUACAUGAAAGUUGAUUUUCCAAUAAAGUGGAAUACAUUCCUUUGCGUAAUAGAAGAUAGCGAUCGAAAUAUAAUAACUGUCGAAGAGGCACGCUCAAAAAUGGACUCAUGGGACAUCAAGGAUGAGGAAGAGCAGGAUGAACUUCUGCAGUUUUUCCAUGAUACAGGCCACAUCAUAUAUCACCUAGGGUGUGAGCUAAUUGUACUCAAGCCACAGUAUCUCAAUGACAUCAUCAGUAACAUCAUAACAGUGAUCGACGAUGAAAAAAUGAGAAGUAGCCUGGGGAAACAAUACGAGGAACUGAAGGAGAAUGGAAUACUUCAUAUUGCCAUCAUCAACGCUGUAUUGGAGGAAACUAAAGUAAAGCAUGCACAUCUCGAUGGUAUUAUUGAUAUGAUGAAGAAAUUCGAUCUUAUUUGCGAGAUUCCAGGUGAAGAGAACAUGGAGAAAAGAAGGUUCUUUGUUCCAUGCCGAUCUUCCCCUACACUUGAUGAGAUACAACAAUUUACGAGAGAUGAUGAGAUCGAAUUUGUCAUUGACUUCAAUCACUUCUUACCAGAUGGCUUCUUGCACCGGCUGUACGUUCGAAUGGCAAAAUGGUCAAUGGAGAGAGGAACUUCUCACACUCCGAUAUUUCACUGCAGACAAAUGGUGUUCUAUAUAGACAGUGACCAUAGAGUGGAGAUGACCAACGAGAUACAUCAUGAAGAAUGCAAUCAGAUCAAGGUCACAAUGUAUACAAUAGCUCCUGACAAUGACCUAGACGAACGGCCCAAAGCAAUGGUCAGCCUGAACGAGGAUGUCAUUAACCAUCUACACGAAACAUUGGACGACCUCAAAAGGCUCUGGGCUAGACGAAUAGAAUAUUCUGUUGGGAUCCUCUGCACACGGUGUACCAGAUACGGCAAGAAAGGAUUGAUUCCCAUGAGACGUAUACUGGGAGAAAAUAAAGAAAUUGCAACUUGUGUUAAUCUAUGUGCAAUAAACGUUGGCCGUAUCUUGAAGGCAUUUAACAAGCAUCCACAAGAUUCUCGCAGUAAGUCCACAUCCGGAAGAGAAUUAUUUCAUGAUUGCUGUAGAGAUAAUUGUGAAAGCAGGGGAAUUACCGACGAUAUGCUAGAUAAGUUAGCAAAAGAGAUCCCAAGCAGCAAAUACCACGAUUUCUGCAGAAAACUUGAAUAUAGCUAUGAUCGGGCCCAGAGCAUAUUGGAUAAGAACAAGAAUGACUAUGAAAAAGCGACACGGGAAUGUUUGGCUGGAUGGAAUAAUAGAGCAGCUAUGAGUUUGUCUGAUUUACACAAUGUCUUGUUUUCAGCUGGAUUGGUUGGUAAAAUUGAUCACAUCCGUUAGGUUUUCGAAGAUUCAAUCCCAAAGAUACGCCACUGUCACACAGACACGAUGGUUUUAGAAUCGACUUACACACCAAAAAAGAAUGCCUCAUCGGCCAUCAUCGUGCAUCCAUACGUUAAGCGCCUACCUCAUAUAUUUCCAGGCCUCACCUAUUUCCAGGCCUUCUAGCACUGUUAAGCAUUAAUCGCGACCAAAGAAACCAUUUAACUAUGAUAAAUCAACCAUGGUCUAUGAUGAAACCGACUACAAACGACCAAAGGUAAUAUUUCUAAUCCGUAAAUUGACUGACGUGACCAUUUCAGACGGUCGGACACAUAUUCAGAAACACAAUGGUUAUUUUUACCAAUCCUUUUCAUUAGCAAAUUGCUGUCAUUUAAUAUAUUUUUAAUUCAAUUUCUUGUUUGGGGAACAUGCUUUCAUAAUUGUUGAUGAAUUGUUUUUCAGUGAUCUUUGUAGACUAGAUUCAAUUUUAUGAGCGCGUAUCUCGAGGAUGCUUGCGACUGGACAUGCAUAGUGUUUCAGUAAAGAAAAUGAAUACUUCAUUUGUGGACAGUUAUGUAUGCCUGUUUGCAGUAUUGCAUGGUAUAGUUUUACUACCGCAUAAUAACUUGCCCAUGUUUGAAUGCUUAUG